AUGAAGGCCCACCGCGCUCAUAGAUUCCUCCGGAAGUUCAGUGCUAAGCUGUGGUGUGUUGCUACCACUACACCUCCUCUUCACAGCAUUGGCGCUACUCGAGGAUGUGACCAGGCUGAAAUAGAUAGUCAAGUCGAUGAGCCCCCUCAGUAUACCGUUGGCAGUGUAGCCCCUGAAAAGCCAAGUUCAACCCGCAGUCAAUUGGAGCGUCGCAUCGUGAAACUCUGGAAGAAAGUCUGGCUGGGCCUUUAUCAGAUCGAUGACAACGAGGAUCGAUAUCACGUCGAGAGACUCGAAGCACUUUCUCUCGGGGCGGGCUUAACUCGCACAUACCGCGUUGGUGAGCUUCAGGUUCUUAGGCGCCAUUUUCUUCGAAGCGAGACUAACAAUGGUAUUGCUUCAUUGAAGCUGUUCCAAGGCCUGUCUCUUUCGACCCUCUUAUCUGUGAUCCAUAUCUUGGAGGCCUAUGAAGGUGAAAUUGAGAACAUGGAGCUGCUCUAUUCCAUCCUGCGAAGUAGUCAACUUGCACUGCAUGAGACUGCUGAUCUUGCUCAAACUGCUGUUGUUAGGACUGAGUAUAUGGCAAUUGCGGAGCCGAUGGAAAAGCGGAUCAGACAGUAUGACAUUCGAAUGAAUGUGGUGAAUAUGGAUAUCUGUGAUGAGGCAAUGGGCUUCUAUCAGCGACGGAAGGGGGAAUAUAUUUACCAUAAGGCAUUCCCAAAUGCGUGGUAA